CCAUCCUUGGGCUUCUACCGCACACUUCCUUUGAUUUCCCUGUUCUCUCUCUCACACAAAGAUCAAAUUUUUCCCACAAAAAGUUGAAAAUUGGAAAGAAUUUCAAGAGGGCUUGUAGAUCUCGCCUGCCGAUUCCCUCUUUCAGCUGAGAAAGUUGGGAAUUUGGGCGUGAUUUGAUCCCCCUGAAAUGCUGCUGCUUUAGCUGAGGAAUCGGUGGAGGACUUUGGAAUUUUUUUCCUUUUUGAGUUUGAUUUUUUUGGUUUGAUUUUUUGGGAGGAGAUGAGUGCAUCGAGGUUCAUAAAGUGUGUUACUGUCGGUGAUGGCGCUGUGGGCAAGACUUGCAUGUUGAUUUCGUAUACUAGCAAUACUUUUCCCACUGAUUAUGUGCCAACUGUCUUUGACAAUUUCAGUGCGAAUGUGGUAGUUGAUGGUAGCACUGUUAACCUAGGUUUGUGGGAUACAGCAGGCCAAGAGGAUUACAAUAGAUUAAGACCUUUGAGCUAUCGUGGAGCUGAUGUAUUUCUUCUGGCCUUCUCACUUAUAAGUAAGGCCAGCUAUGAAAAUGUUUCUAAGAAGUGGAUCCCAGAAUUGAGACAUUAUGCUCCUGGUGUUCCUAUAGUUCUUGUUGGGACCAAACUUGAUCUUCGUGAUGAUAAGCAGUUCUUCAUAGACCACCCUGGCGCUGUGCCCAUCACUACCGCGCAGGGUGAGGAGCUAAGGAAGCUAAUAGGUGCUCCUGCCUACAUUGAGUGUAGUUCCAAAACACAGCAGAAUGUCAAAGCCGUCUUCGAUGCAGCCAUUAAGGUUGUUCUCCAGCCUCCCAAACAAAAGAGGAAGAAGAAGAGAAAGGCACAAAAGGGCUGCUCCAUCUUGUGAUCGGGAAACAACGGACGAAUCAAGCAUUCUGGUUUGCCACAAAAAUUCGGUUUGAUCCUUAACUGUCACCAUAACCCUGCACCACCUUCAGAUACCUUUGGCAUCUCAAUUACUCUUUUGAGGGAAUUUAUCUGGCAUUGUUUUAUUUUACAGUCACCUUCUGAAUCACUGAUGAUUGCAUGGUUAUGUAGUUUGUUUGUUUUGUUUGUGGCAUGUAUAGAGAGCCCUUACAUUGUGUUUUGAAUCUGGCAUUGUGUGUGUGUGUGUUGGAAUAUUAUUCGCUUUUUCUGCUGUUGAACCUAUUAUUACUAUGUUUAGCUUGUUUCUUCGUCGGGAAUGAAGUUUAUCAUCA